AUGUACUACUUCAGACAGUAUAGCGACGCUCAGGGCGGAGAACACAAAGAUUAUGAACAUUCUGUUAGAGAACGAGCUAAUGAAAGCCUGGAUGAGCUGAAAAACAGCCUGGAAGCAGCCUCUCAUAGGUCAGGUUAUGUGGGUAGUGGAGAUGGUAAAUCACAGCUCACGAGGACAGUUCAUCCAAGAAUUCUGACUUGGGAAGAUGAAAAGCUGCGGCCAGCCCAGGAUUCCAGCGCCGCUAUCCAGCUUCGAAAUAUGUUGUCUAUGCACAAUAAGACUUCAAAUGUUCAACCCGAACAGCCAAGGGGACAGGAAGCACUGCCAUCAGCAGAAGAAGCUGCGACUUUACUCAAGAAUCAAGCGGUUUACACCAGUCACUUAGAGGCUGAGUCUCGUUAUGUUAAGGAGGAAAUGACAAUGCUUAGGAUGAAACUUGCCGAGGUUGUUGAGGAGAACAGAAUGCUUCAUCAAGAACUGAAGACUGCAGUUGUCCAUGAGAUACUCAAAGAUGGAGGAGAUUUGGUCCAGUUCUUGGGCACUUUUGAUGACUCUUUGGUGGAAUCAUAUUCUAAUGUUAUGGGUCGUCAUGAUCUCAAAAGAUGGCAGGUUGAACUGGAAAGAUUAAGUAAGCUUCACACAGCAAAAGCCAACCGGCUGGAGACCCAGCUUCAACAUUCAAAGAUGGAGGUGGAGAGACUGGAGCAGCUAGUGGAAGACCUCAAAGCUCAGCUGAGGAUGCAGGAAUCGAUACCCACACAUGAAAAUGGACUCAUUGGUGGAAUGUUUGUGUCCGAGACGGAGAGACACAUUGCCCACAGUACAAUAGACAAGCUCACAAAAGAACGUGACGAGCUGAUGGACCAUGUAACAUCCUUGAAGUCUCAGCUGAAGGAAAUGGUGCAGCGAGAAGAAGAUGCAUACCAGCAGAUGAAGAAAGGAAUACAAUUGGUUGAGCAGGCUCAGCUGGAGCAGACGGAGGCAUUUGUACAAAAGGAGCAGGUCUGUGAUGAGCUGGCCCGGCUAAGGGAGAGGUUUGAGCAUCACAUCAUAGAGUCACAGAAUCUGAUUAAAGCAGAGAGAGAUUCGGCUCGCAGAGAGAAUCAGUUGUUGAUCGAUGACCUCAACAGCAAGUUGUCAGAACUAGGAGAGCACUACUCUCUGAUCCAAGCCAGGUACGAGAAGGAAGUGAGAGAUAAAGCAACUUUGUCUGCAGAAAUCAAUGAGUUGAAGUCUCAGCUGAGAACUUGUGACAGAGAAGUUACCGUUACGGCAGAAAGUUUCCGUUCAGAAACGACCAAUGCAUCACUCCAGCGCAAUUCAGCAUUAUAUGAAUCAAACAGGUUGAGAUCUGAGCUAGAAAAGCUGAAACAUGAACAUGACCAGGAAAUGAUCAGAACAAAGAUAGAGCUGGACGAUCUGAGGCACAGGCUGACUAAAGCAGAAAGGGAACUAAUUAACUCCAAGGAGGAAUGUAUACACACCACCAGUAAUGUGCAGGCUCUAGAGAGAGAGCUACACCUGGCUAAGAUGGCCAGAGAUGCAAUAGAAAGAACUAGAUCAGAAGAUCUACAGAUCAUCCGAAAGAAGGCCCAAGACAGAGAGGAGGAAAUAAAGAUGAAAAUGGAAGAAUCCGAAGAUAAACAUAAUCAGUACGUACAUGAGAUGGACAGUAUGUUGCUGAAACAGAACAAGCUGAUCAUGAAACUCAGGGAAGAGUGCAAGCGACAAGCCUUGAACCUGGAGAAGACUGUGAAAAAGUACAGAGCUGGUAAUAACAAACUCAGCCAGACCAACGCUGAGAUGAGCAAACGGAUGGAACGCAUGGUGCAGCGUGUGACAGAGCUGGAGGAUCUAGCGGACCAACAUUCCCGUGUCCAUGACAAGAUGAAGGAGAGGCUCAAGUCUCUGGACGAACAGGGACAGAACCAGGCAGUACAGCUUGUUGAAACAUUAACCAAGUACAGUCAGGUUUGCCGAGAGCGCCAUCUGCUGGCCAGGGAAGUAGAAUUUCUUCGCACUCAGCUUCAUCGGGCCAAUCAGAUUUCACCUGAAACUCUACGACUGAACUCAUCCUCAAAGCCGUUAGUCGAUGAUAUUUUGAAUAGCCUGACGAAAGAUGAAAGAGACGGCACCAUGCCACUUAUACCCCAGUUACGUUUACAUGCCGGUGAUUUGCCAGAUAAGCCUGAUGCUGAGGAUCUUCAGCUAAUUCAGCAGCCAUAA